GGUAUAUGUAUGUUUUUUGAUCGUAUACGAUCCUUUAUCGAAUAGGAACAACAAUAUUAAAAAAGCAUGCGAAAUUGAUAAAAAACAAGUACUAUAUAAAUGAUUUAGUAAUCAUAAAAAUGGUUAAUAAAUUGGAAUUCAAUAACUUGGUUGUCACCAACAAAAAGAAAAUUCAACUAAUAAAGACGAAGUCCAUUCAGAAAUUGGUCCAAAAAAUUAAGAAGCUUAAAUAUUUAUUAGAUAAAAACCCUGAACAUGAAAAAAAUAAGGAACGUUUCCGCAAAGCUGCUCUAUGCCUUGAGGAAAUGAAGAAAUUAAAAUGCAUCGUUUUGAUGAAACGCGUUUUAAUUCUAGAAAAAUCUCCAUCAGCUAUUUUAACGAAUGGAUUAUCCUCCGCGGAUGAAAUGGCUGUGGCUAUGGUCGGUGAUAAUAAAUUAAUGCAAGAGCUUGUAAAAGUUUUUAAAGAAAAAUUAGGAAUUUCAAAUGAAAAUAAAAGCUGGAAGAAAGAGUUAAUGCAAGCGAGUAAAAAACAAAUUAAGAUUACAAAAACGGAAAAGAAACGAAAAAGUCGUAAAGCUUUAAAAGAACAAAAAGCCAUGGCACGUAAACGUACUGAGUGGUUGAAAAAUCAAAAUGGUACACAGGAUAUAGUAAACAUUAAUGAGCAAAAGAACGAAGUAGUAUUAAAAGAAAAUGAUGAGGGUGCUAAUAUAUCUACGCUAGGUUACUGGAAAAUAGAGGAAAUAGUGAAUGAAUCUCCUGAUGAAAAUAAAAAGGCAAUUGUAAAAGAGUACACAGAAGUGUCUGAACAACAACAAACUAUUAAAAACUCUAAAACAUCCUCGAAAACUAAUGUGAAUACUUCUAAAAGUGAGCAUAAACCAUGGCCCAAAUCAGAGAAAAUGAAAAAAAGUUCAAUAGAUAACAAUAGGAACGAAACGUCUGUAAGUUUAAAUUCUCCCUUUGACUAUAAUUUAAGCGGUAGCAAUGUUUUGGAGAAAACUAAUCAAGAAAUUGUGACACACGUUAUCGACCCAUUUUUUAUCACAGAUAGUGGUGAAAAUUACCGUUCUUCUGCCGUUGUUGUUCGUAAUGGAACAGUUUUUGAUCCACAAAUCUCUAAAAAGUCUAUAGAAAUUAAACCGCUGGAAAAUAAGCAAAAAAGGUCUAGAGAAACAUUCAGGAACCAUCAAAAAUCUUUCGAUCAUUUUAGACCAUCUAAUGCGAGAGAAAAAACUUCAGACAAAUCUAUUCGGAAAACCUGUCAGGAAUACAAAACAGAAGAGUUGCAUCCUUCUUGGGCAGCGAAACAGAAACUUAAAACCGUAAUAACUGUCUUUCAAGGCAAGAAAAUUAGAUUUGAUACUGAUAAUGAUCAGGUCGAUGAGGAAGCCAUCAAUAUUAAUUCCAAAGUAGUUAAUAUAGGAAGUCAGUAUAAAAAACAUUUAUCAGCAAACCCAAGAAAAAACAAACAUACAGGAGAAGCGAUACAUCCUUCUUGGGCGGCAAAGCAAAAAUUUAGUGCGGCAAUAACAGAUUUUAAAGGGAAAAAAAUAUCGUUUGGAGAUGAUGGAGUGCUGCAAUCUAGUUCUGAUCACAUUAAGGCACCAUUGCAACAAGAAAGUCUAAGUACUGUGAAUGGACUUCAUCCUUCUUGGUUAGCAAAACAAAAACAAAAACCAACAAUAACCACUUUUCAGGGUAAAAGGACAACUUUUCAAGACGAUGAAUAAAUUUACCAAUUAGGUUUUAAUGCAAUAUGCAGUUAUAAAUUUGUGUUAAUUUUUUUAUUCCAAUAAUUUUUUGGAUGUUGCAAAAUAUUCAAAUGUCAACUUUUGGCACGAAAUGUCCACGCGUUUUAUCAUUCCUCAAUAGUUUAUCAACAUCUACAUCUGGAUAUUUCCUCCGAAUAAUUUGAAUAUCAAUAUUCGGAUUGCGUCGCAACAUCAUCAUAACUUCAUUACGGGAACGACUAUAUAAAUAAAUAUAUUAAAGAAAUAUUAACUUAAUAAUAUAAAUAUCAAAAACGCACUUCUUGGCCUUUCGUUUAAUGUUAUACAGCUUCUCGCGAUAUAAUAACAGGAAUUUACGCACUGCUCGCCCACCGAAACCAAUAUUACGUGAUUUUAUCCAUUUAACAUUCAUAUGCGGUGGUAACACAUGUUCACAAGAUCUAAAAGUAUAUUUUACAAUAUGUCAAAUAAACGAACAUCGACUCAAAUUACAUGGAAUUACCUAUAGAGAUGCCUUAAACCGAGUGUAUUGUAUACCAUGCGAGUGGGCCGCUCUCCUGUUUCACCAGUUUCCAAGAGAUGAUAGGCCUUAUUUCUUUCGCGUACAACCGUUUCCAAGUUUUCCAUCGAUACUUUAACCUAUAUAAAGUGUUUUGAAUUUAAUAAAAAUAAACGUGAAGCAAUA